AUGAAGCGCUCCUCCGGGCGGUCCCGGUCUAACGUUGGCGGUGGUGUUGGCGGUACUAGCGUGGGCGCAUUCGUCGCGGGACUCGUUGCGCUCAGCCUCCUCGCGACCCACGCCAGCGCUACUACCAUCUGCCUUCUGGGCCCAUCCGGCGAGGAGGAAUGCUCGGAAGACCCCUUCGCUGGUGAGGCCUGGAGUGCGGGUGAGGCCUGGAGUGCGGGUGAGGCCUGGAGUGCGGGUGAGGCCUGGAGUGUGGGUGAGGCCUGGAGUGUGGGUGAGGCCUGGAGUGUGGGUGAGGCCUGGAGUGCGGGUGAGGCCUGGAGUGUGGGUGAGGCCUGGAGUGUGGGUGAGGCCUGGAGUGUGGGUGAGGCCUGGAGUGUGGGUGAGGCCUGGAGUGUGGGUGAGGCCUGGAGUGCGGGUGAGGCCUGGAGUGUGGGUGAGGCCUGGAGUGUGGGUGAGGCCUGGAGUGUGGGUGAGGCCUGGAGUGUGGGUGAGGCCUGGAGUGUGGGUGAGGCCUGGAGUGUGGGUGAGGCCUGGAGUGUGGGUGAGGCCUGGAGUGUGGGUGAGGCCUGGAGUGUCGGUGUGGGUGAGGCCUGGAGUGUGGGUGAGGCCUGGAGUGUGGGUGAGGCCUGGAGUGUGGGUGAGGCCUGGAGUGUGGUUGAGGCCUGGAGUGUGGGUGAGGCCUGGAGUGUGGGUGAGGCCUGGAGUGUGGGUGAGGCCUGGAGUGUGGGUGAGGCCUGGAGUGUGGGUGAGGCCUGGAGUGUGGGUGAGGCCUGGAGUGUGGGUGAGGCCUGGAGUGUGGGUGAGGCCUGGAGUGUGGGUAGUGUGGGUGAGGCCUGGAGUGUGGGUGAGGCCUGGAGUGUGGGUGAGGCCUGGAGUGUGGGUGAGGCCUGGAGUGUGGGUGAGGCCUGGAGUGUGGGUGAGGCCUGGAGUGUGGGUGAGGCCUGGAGUGUGGGUGAGGCCUGGAGUGUGGGUGAGGCCUGGAGUGUGGGUGAGGCCUGGAGUGUGGGUGAGGCCUGGAGUGUGGGUGAGGCCUGGAGUGUGGGUGAGGCCUGGAGUGUGGGUGAGGCCUGGAGUGUGGGUGAGGCCUGGAGUGUGGGUGAGGCCUGGAGUGUGGGUGAGGCCUGGAGUGUGGGUGAGGCCUGGAGUGUGGGUGAGGCCUGGAGUGUGGGUGAGGCCUGGAGUGCGGGUGAGGCCUGGAGUGUGGGUGAGGCCUGGAGUGUGGGUGAGGCCUGGAGUGUGGGUGAGGCCUGGAGUGUGGGUGAGGCCUGGAGUGUGGGUGAGGCCUGGAGUGUGGGUGAGGCCUGGAGUGUGGGUGAGGCCUGGAGUGUGGGCUGGAGUGUGGGUGAGGCCUGGAGUGUGGGUGAGGCCUGGAGUGUGGGUGAGGCCUGGAGUGUGGGUGAGGCCUGGAGUGUGGGUGAGGCCUGGAGUGUGGGUGAGGCCUGGAGUGUGGGUGAGGCCUGGAGUGUGGGUGAGGCCUGGAGUGUGGGUGAGGCCUGGAGUGUGGGUGAGGCCUGGAGUGUGGGUGAGGCCUGGAGUGUGGGUGAGGCCUGGAGUGUGGGUGAGGCCUGGAGUGUGGGUGAGGCCUGGAGUGUGGGUGAGGCCUGGAGUGUGGGUGAGGCCUGGAGUGUGGGUGAGGCCUGGAGUGUGGGUGAGGCCUGGAGUGUGGGUGAGGCCUGGAGUGUGGGUGAGGCCUGGAGUGUGGGUGAGGCCUGGAGUGUGGGUGAGGCCUGGAGUGUGGGUGAGGCCUGGAGUGUGGGUGAGGCCUGGAGUGUGGGUGAGGCCUGGAGUGUGGGUGAGGCCUGGAGUGUGGGUGAGGCCUGGAGUGUGGGUGAGGCCUGGAGUGUGGGUGAGGCCUGGAGUGUGGGUGAGGCCUGGAGUGUGGGUGAGGCCUGGAGUGUGGUUGAGGCCUGGAGUGUGGUUGAGGCCUGGAGUGUGGUUGAGGCCUGGAGUGUGGGUGGGAGUUGGAGUGUGGGCGGGAGUUAA